CGGCCAUGGCGACUUCACUUGGCCAGCAUAGUUUGGAACGAAUCAUCAUGACGGGGCGCUUACUGUGUUUAUCAAGCAUAUCUGUUGUUACAUUUGGACAGUAAGGCUUCAGGGAGUUUGAGGUGAGGCUAGAAUAGUACUUAGAUCUGACGGAAAACUGACAACCGUUGAGUUCAAAUCGUCGACUCGUUAGUUUCGGUCGGAUGCAGCUCACCGACAAUGGUCCGCUUUGUCAACCUUUCAGGCCAUUGUAACGCGUAAUAGCCAAGAUUUUAUUUUGAAUGAAUUAACAUAAAUGUUAGGACAGCUGAUCACUUCUGAUUCGUAGGGAUCUGUUAUGAAAAAACCAUAGAAAAAUAGUGAAAAUCAGUGGCCAACCUUUCCGCAUCAUAGCCAGAACUCAAUUGACAAAUAUGGAGUCCAAGCACCGAGACAUUCUCCAAAGAAGACUGCCUGACAUCAGACGAGAUUUGAGAGUGACCCACGUAGUGAACAAGCUGAUAGAACGAGGUAUUCUGCUGCCGUCAAUGAAACAGGAGGUCAUAAAACAGGAACUAACACACGAAGAGCGAGCGGACGAACUUAUUGACCUGCUACAGACCAGAGGCCCAACUGCAUUCCCCGUGUUUUGUGAAAUCCUGCAGGAAACCUAUCCUCAUCUGGCAGACUUGUUGCAGGAAGAGAGUGAUGCAAGUCAACCUAAGCCAACCUUGUCCGGAGGCUCUGUUCCUGCCACAGCUGUGGCAAGUACAAGUCAUAUUGAAGGCAGUGUCGUACCAGCAUCCUCACCAAUACAACAACCCACCAGAAGAGGGCCCAGCUUGUUCAUCAUCCACGCCGGAGAGGACAAGAAGUCAUUUGUCCGACCGCUUCACAAAGCUCUACUGGGUCAAAAUCUACAUGAAGAGGAGAUCUUCUUUGAUGAGGUGUCAAUCAGCACAGGAGAGAACAUUUCAGAGAAAAUCAUGUCCACGCUUGAAAGUGAAAGUUUGAAGCUGGUUACUAUUGUCAUAAGUAAUCAUCUGCUGGAUAAGUACUGGCCUAGACUAGAGUAUGAAAAGUCCUUGUUUCAUCAAAAGAAAUUCUACCCGAUUUGGCUGGAUCAAAACACAGACAACUUUGAAACUUUUAGCAAAAAGGUCGGCAACCGCUUCCCCUUGUUGAAGAAGACCCGCGCUCACCGUAUCCAAUAUGACAACAUUGCAGAAGACAUCACAGAAGUUGCCGUCAAAAUUGUGCAGUUACUGUCAGAUCAGGGGUACCCGGGUACAAAGAGAAAGAGGCAGUCGAUGGAACGUUUUGGCCGGAACAAAGACUUAGCAAAAGUUCCCAGGCCGACAUACGGAGCAGCUGCAGACUCAGAAGAGGACACACCUAACAUCUCUAUCCCGACAGAAGCGCCGACCACAAUUGGUCUGGAUGUGAACAAGGUCAAACCGCCAUCAACGGCCUUACAAGAAGCCGGUUUUGAUUUUGAUGAGAAGCAGGGUAAAGAAGGAUGUGAAAAGAUGACGCCUCUACAAGCCACCAAACCGCCUGGCGAACAACAAGAACUGAAGGACAUCCCCAUGCGAGACUACCAGAUGGAGCUGGCAACACCAGCACUGGAAGGCCGGAACACCAUCAUCUGCGCACCUACCGGUAGUGGCAAGACUCGCGUGGCCAUCAAAAUCACUCGGAAUCAUCUGGAAGGCGGUGCCGCCUUUGUGGGAGCAGGUGAGGAUGCACGGCGGCGUGUGGUGUUCCUGCUCAACAAGGUGCCGCUGGUGGAACAGCAGUACAACGCGUUCCGGGAAUACCUAAGUCCCAAGUACGACAUUUUGCCCCUUAGUGGCGAAACUACAGCCGACAUUCCAGUUGGGGAGACUCUUCCCGAUUACGACGUCAUCAUCUUGACUGCCCAGGUUCUGGAGAACGCCUUGAGGGACGAGCUGAUCACGCUGGACACGUUCUCCAUGCUGAUCUUUGACGAGUGUCACCACUGCCAGAAGAACGAUCCGUACAACGCCAUCAUGACCAGGUACAUAAAGCAGAAGGUGGAGCAGAGCAGCGCAAGGCUGCCACAGAUCAUCGGCCUGACCGCCUCCCUGGGUGUGGGGAAGGCGAAGAGUCAGAAGGAAGCCGUGGAACAUAUCCUGGGAGCGUGCGCCAACCUGGACGCAGCGUGGAUUUCUCAGGUUGUAGAGCACAAAGACGAACUGGAGAAAUAUAAUCAAAAGCCUGAAGAAGAAGUGAAACCAGUGAGUGGAAGAAGUGAAGACCCGUUUGCAGAGAGGGUAAACAUGAUCAUGGAGGGCAUUGAGAACACACUGGCUAUAGAAGCAUCAAAGCAUCUGACAACAGCAGAGCUGAAGCCACCCCGUCAAAGAGAGAAACAGGCGUGACAGUGGGUGGUGACCCUAGCUAGAAAGGGUGCAAUCAUCACCGAGGAUGAUAAAGUCAGCCGAGCCAUCCACGCCGCCACAGAACACCUUAGAAAGUACUUCGAUGCUCUCGCCAUCAACGCUGACGCGCGGACCAAAGAUGCUCUGCAGUACCUUGAGAAAUUCGUGACUGAUCUGCAAAAAGAAGGUUUUGACGGCACUGAUGAAGAUCUGGUGAAGCACUUCAUAGAGGCAAAAGGGUACCUUCAGGAAUAUGCUGCAGAUCCGAAGUACUCCAACCCGAAACUGGACGAGCUGAAAAACAUGAUCCUCCAGGCGUACGCAGAGAAGCCCGACUCCCGCUGCCUGCUGUUCUGUAAGACCCGAGCUCUCACCAUCGCCCUACUCACGUGGAUGCAGGAGGACCCCGAUCUUAGAAAGCUCAACCCGGGAAGGCUCGUGGGCGCUGGAGCCAGUGAGAGCACAGGAGGCAUGACACAAAAUCAGCAGGUGGAGCUGCUGGAGCUAUUCAACACUGGAGGCCACAAGAUUGUCAUCUCCACCUCUGUGGCAGAGGAAGGCAUAGACAUCGCCAAGUGCAACUUCGUGUUCCGCUAUGACUAUGUGGGCAACGAGAUAGGCAAGGUGCAGACCAGAGGACGUGGUCGUGCUGAGGGCAGUAAGUCCGUGCUGAUCGCUGGAAGAGAAGGCGGAAAUGUCCUGAAGGAAAAGUUGAACACCAUUCGGGAGAAGCUGAUGGAGAAGGCCAUGCUGCAGGUGUGGCACAUGCAGAGGGAACAACAGGAAGUGUUCAUGAAGGAGGUCCGACGUCUGCAAGAAGAGUCCAAGAAGGAAAGAGAUCUCGCACAGGCGCUGACGGAAAUGCAGAGGAAAACCAAGAAGAUCCGUGGAAAGGGGAUGAGGCUGCUGUGUGUGAAGUGCAAGGAGUUCGCCUGCAAUGUCAGCGACUUCCGCAAGGUCAAGGAGAACCAUCACGUGGUGGUGGACAAAACGUUUCCCCAACGGAUCAUCAUCAAGCCCCACCCACCCAAGAAGAUUGACGACUGGGAAAAGAACGGAAAAGUAUACUGCAGAAACUGCAGACAAGACUGGGGAAUACAGAUGGUGUACAGACAGGCCAGCUUCCCCACCCUGAAGAUCGAGUCUUUCGUCAUUGAGAAGUCGGACGGACAGAGACUGACCUGCCGGAAGUGGAAAAACGCACCCUUUUAUGUCGAAGGCAUCACCCCUGACGACAUUUCCGGGAUGCUGGAGACGCCGGAAGAAGAGGAGGAAGAUGAACCAAUGUUCGACUGAUGCAUUAUCUCUCCAGCAACAUCACCUAUGCCGUCUGCAUUCCCCUAUUUUGAUUUGUAAAGUCAAAUCAUUUCAGAUGUAUAACUCUGAAUGAAGAUAAGAAAGAUAAUAUGUAAGACGCUUGCAUGAUAAUAGUGUAUUGCCUUUGCUGCAAGCUUUUACUGCUGUUUUGAGUCUGACUAGUCUCGGUGAGCUACUACCCGUCGGACCGAAACUAACGCGUCCGCGAUUUGAACUCAACGUUUCUCUACACUGUACUGUCCUUUGUUUAUUUCACACUGGCAAGAAAUGGUACAGCACACUACAUCUAGUUUCCUUUGUUGUUUUGUCCUUGGGGAGAAGCAAGAAUUUUUUGUAGUGUCCUUGUUGGUCUGAAACAACUCUUGAUACUAUGCUUACCGAAAGUCCACCUUAACUCCUCGGAAAUG